UGCGUUUACGUUGGAAUACAUCUCGCGCUGGGCUCGAAAAUCCGCCGUCUCAGAAAUGUAAACUAAGCCAAAAUUCGUCGGUUUUGGGAAGAUUCAAGCUUCUUAAAGAUUAGUAUCGAGUGAUUUGCCUGGAGGAAGAGACAGCAUGGCUGAAGACUGGUUGGGGAGUCUGGUGUCGAUCAACUGUGGGAAGACACUGGGCGUCUAUCAGGGAGAGGUGUCAUCGGUGGACCAGGCCACCCAGACCAUCUCCCUCAGGCAGCCCUUCCACAAUGGCAUCAGGUGUCCUGUUCCUGAGGUCACUUUCAGUGCCAUGGACAUCAAGGAGCUGAAGAUCCUGGACAUUCCGAACGGCGUCAACACCAGCAGCAGCGGGGGGGGCGGACUGGACCCAGGCUCCUCCUCCCUGGGGCACAGUGGGCGGAGCGUCAGGAGUGCAGGAGGUGGAGGCCCUGGUGGAAGCGCUCCCGUGGCAGUGCCACGCAAAGGGGCGUCCAACACACGAGGCCUGAGCCAGGCCACGCCCAAGAAGAACGGGGUGAAGAACGGGGGCGGGCCGAAGGCGAAGGACGACGAGUGCUUCGGCGACGGCGCCGACGAGGCCCUGGACGCCGACUUCGACUUCGAGGGCAACCUGGCGCUCUUCGACAAGGCGGCGGUGUUCUCGCAGAUCGACACGUCGGAGCGCCGCGGCAACGGCGCGCGGUCCCGCAGCACGCCCGGCGAGCGCACCCCCUCCCGCUACCGGCACGACGAGAACAUCCUGGAGGCCAAGCCCGUCACCUACCGGCAGAUCAGCGUGCCCCAGCAGGGGGGCAAGGAGUACUGCACUGACUCGGGCCUGGUGGUGCCCAGCGUGCCCUACGAGCUGCAGAAGCGGCUGCUGUCGGCGGCGGAGCGGCACGGCCUGUCGCUGGAGCGCAGGCUGGAGAUGACGGGCGUGUGCGCCAGCCAGAUGGCCCUCACCCUGCUGGGAGGCCCCAACAGGCUAACCCCGAAAAACGUUCACCAGCGCCCCACCGUGGCCCUGCUGUGCGGCCCUCACGUGCAGGGGGCGCAGGGAAUCAGCUGCGGCCGCCACCUGGCCAACCACGAGGUGGAGGUCAUCCUCUUCCUGCCCAACUUCGUCAAGAUGCUGGAGUCCCUCGCCAGUGAGCUCACGCUCUUCAGCAAGACCGGCGGCAAGCAGGUGUCCAGCAUCAAAGACCUUCCGGAUAGCCCAGUGGACCUGGUCAUCAACUGCCUGGACUGCCACGAGAACGCCCUCCUGAGGGACCAGCCCUGGUACCGGGCGGCCGCAGACUGGGCCAACCACAACCGCGCCCCGGUGCUCAGCAUCGACCCGCCGGUGAGCGGCCAGGAGCAGGCGGUGGAGGCCAAGUGGUCCCUCUGCCUGGGCCUGCCCCUCCCCCUGGCCGAGAGCGCGGGCCGCGUCUACCUGUGCGACAUCGGCGUGCCCCGCCAGGUCUUCCAGGAAGUGGGCAUCAACUACCACUCCCCGUUCGGCUGCAAGUUUGUUAUCCCCCUGCACUCCGCGUAGCAGCACUCCCAUUGGUCAGAGCGUCGCCGGCACUGUGGGAGAAGGCGGGGUCACGGAUACAAAGCCAGCCCACCUCCUCAGAGCUGAACACCUGAGUGUCUUUAUGUUGAAAGGAGACGGAGUUGAGGGGUAUGAAGGGGAUUUUGGGAUUCUCUCCUCUCUAUGUUGUGGAAUGGGAGAGGAGGGGGCAGAAAAGUACUUGCUUAGAAUGUGCACUCCUUUGUGUGCUAGUUUUCCUGUUUUGUUUUUUUUUUUUCCUGAACUUUGCGGGUCCUGUGCCAAGGUGCCACCAGAGGGAAGGAAAAGUUUGAGAGAGAACAUCCUGUAUGCUUUUUUAAAAAAGUGUUUUUUGUGAUAAGGGCCCACAAAAAUUGGUUCCUCUCUUUCUGAGCCUGAACAUGUUUACAGACUGACUGAGACUCCGUAAAGGGGGCUUCUUUAGACACUCUGGCUAUAUAUGCUGGAGCUGAUCUGGAAUUCCUUUAUAUAUACUAGAGCUGAUAUGGAAUUCCUUCAUCUUUUUUCUACUUAUAUAUUUUAUGGUUACUGCACUCUCUAUCAUGCUGUUCGACAGACCCAGGCCUGGUGACCUGGUCUUUCUGACUGUGCUUGUGGAGCAUCCAGGUAUACAUUCAUGUGCCCUCUAGUAUCAAGACUUGGAAGGGAGGAGUGGUGAAAGACAAAUGGAAAUGUUACUGAUAUAGAGAGCAAACAUGAAUAAUUUCCUUUAAUAUGUGUGUAAGCGUAAAUGUAACUUAGAAAGAUUCCUGUGCGGUGAUGAUUCUGCAGUCUUUAGUUCUGCUCACUUGCACAUAGCGCUUAUUAUAGACAGUUUUCAAUUCAUUUUUGCUGUCAAAAGCCCAGACUUCAGUUACAGCCACACCAAACAAGUCUAGGUCUUCUGUAAUACUUCCUGCGGUAUCUUAUGCAAUGCCAGUUUUCAAAUCUGUAUCUUGUUUGGGGAAAAGAAACAUUUAUAUAUAUAUAAUGUGAAGACUCGUAUGUAAAUAUCUGUUUCUGGUGUUGCUUGGAGAACUUACUCCUAGCUUUCGGUGAAAAGCUAGACUAGAUGCUGAAGCUUCCAUGGUUAAACAGCAUUGACACAAGAAACCUUUGACCCCAGGUCACACGGUGCUGAAGGGUUUUAGUUCAGGAGUUUUAGCUGCUGAAUCGACCCUCUAAAGUUAAAUUUAGGGUAUGUUCCUGUCCGUUUUCUCUUCAGUCAGAUUCAGGCCUUUAAUCACGGGGAACAGCGUUGUGCUGAAGUCUUCGGAGCGCGUUCAGGGAGAUGUUUGAUUACGUGCACGAUAACGGUCAAGGUUCUCACGUUCCAGCUGUGUUAUAUGCAUUUCUUUUCUUCCUGUCGUAAACCUGAUGGUGAGUUGUCCGGGUUUAGUGUUCUCACUGAGCGUUUCUUCUGAGUUGGCCUUCCGUUUUCACUGUGUUGUGCAGAAAAUGUAGUGGGGAAAAAAAAAGAUUUUCCUCCCUCCGCAUUUGUUCCUUGCACGGGGUGCAUGAUGUCGGGUUCCGUGCAGGAGCAUCCCUUUGUGGUUUGUGGGAUGCUUGGAGUUACUGGAGGUGCUUGCGAUAAUAACAAUCAUGCACAGGAUGUAAUUAUUUUUUCGCCAUUUUUUAUUUUUUAUAACUCUCUGUCCUCCCCACGUUCUCUUCUGUUGUCUGAGAUCUGCUCUACUUGUGUGUUCUGUGCUCCCGUACAAAUGGGAGUCAUGCCACGUGGUGCACGCGUCUGAUUGGCUGUUUGACUUUGUGUGUGGCCUGCGCACACGCUCAUUAAUAUCUUGCGUCUUUGCUUUAGGUUUGUGCAUCUGCCCAUUAAUGUGUGACCGAGAUUGAAUGUUGCCGUGUGUUGCAUCAUGUGAAGUGCCCGCCCCGAUUGGAUGCGUGUGGCCUGAGUGAGGGUCAUGGUACCAGUCAAGCACAUUCCUCUCUCCCUCUGGUGCCAUCAUCAUUACAGAGUCAGUUUGGAGAAUUAGCCUAGUCUGACCCCCUUUGAAAUAUGUUGACCAUUCUUCUGGGAAUAAAUUUGGCUCUCUGAGCCUUGGCUUCACAUGAACCAGGCUGUGUCUGAUCUGACCAAAAAUUCUGGGGGAAAAGGGAGAUAAAAGUUAAUGCCUUUGCAUUUCUUUGCUUACAUUCAGGUCUAGUGUAAUGAGCGGCUGGCUAGACCAUAUUUUUGAUUGUGUGGUUUGUCUGCGGGUGACCAUAGAAAUGACAAAGAUGGCUCGUAGAUGUGUGUGCGUUUUAGAUGUACAGCUCGGUGAGAAAGAAAAGGCAGACAAAUUCGAGUGUGAGGAAUUGGAAUUCACUGGUCGGAUAAUGGAACUCGGGAGCUACUGGCUGCGGUCAGCAGAGCUGGUUUGCAGAAGCUCUCGUGUCCAUUAGAUGCGCAGUUACUGUUCUCAGCCGGAGUAAAAGCUCCCUGACAGCAUGCAGUUUCUGAAGUGGGGAUUCUUGCAGCGAGUAGCGACUGUGUGCGGUCUGCAUUUCCGCGCCCACAGCUUUGCGCUGGCCGCACACAGGCUGACCGUGCAACGGUCAUGCUGACAGGCGCCCCACACAGCGCUGUGUGGCUGAGCAGUGACCCACAGCGCUUCAUUAUUGAUGGAUCAAGAGGUUUACGGGCAUCUUUGCUUCUCUAAACAACAUCUGAAUACCACAGCCUCUCGAGGCGCAGUAGUCCAAUUACAUGUGUUUUUUGGGGAUCAGGUCAAUUGUCACGCCGUCGUCCUUCGGUAUUGGUUCUGGCUCUUUCGGCCUGGAUGCUGCUUUGCUGUGGCGGAAAUUCAGUGCAGCUUUACUGUGGUCUGUCUGGAAUUUCAAAUUACAUCUAAGCAGGUGUCCUCUCUUCCUUUAGCAAUACGUUUGGUCAUUUUCAGCGGGCAGACAAUUCAGAGCACUGGAAGCAGGGAGAAGAAAGGAGCACGCUUCUCAACAUUGCACUUGAGAGUUAAAGAUCAACCCCAAUGCACUUGCACUGAAUUUCAGCCUGCUUCACUUUAACACACAGUCGUGUCUGAUUCAUGUACCGAGGUCACAUUGACAUGUAUUACAGUAGCUCUGCUCUUUGUACAGACUUAUACUCUACUCUUAGUUAUGUGUUACACCUUGUCCUGCAUAAGCAGUGGAAUGUGUGCUGUUAAUGUAAAAAUGUGAAAAAAAGAUGGUUACAAAACAUGAAAGGCCUUUGUACUGCAGACUUGUGUUAGAAAAGAAGUGCUCUGUUCCUGGAAAGUGUGUUUGGAAGUAAUUGGUACAGUUUCCUACACACAGAUGGGUUUCAUGCAGUAUAUUUAUGUGUGUCUGGCCUACACAUUUUUUGAUGUCCUUUUUUCACCAGACUGAUGAAAAAUGUAGUGUACGUACGAAACACAAUGUACCCAAAUGAGUAUUUUUCUAAUAAACUUAAAUAUUUU